GGCCUCAAAACAUUCACUCUGCUCUCUCUGCACAGAUGCUGCCAGACCUGCAGAGUUUCUCUAGUGAUUUCUGGCUUAGUUUCAGAUCUUUAGCAUCCACCAUUCCUUGUUUUCUUUUCAUUUGGGAUUGAUUUUUCAUUGCAAAGGACAAAGUUUAAGUUGUUUUGUACUGCCCGAACAGCUUUGUCUCACGAGUGAGGAGGUCAUGGACAAAAUUCAUCUAAUUCUAGAGGAUUUGACAGAAGAGGAGAUGAAACGCUUCAGGCACUUAUUGGGAGAGCACCGGGUACCAGCUGGCAAACUAGAAAAUGCCGACGCUUUCAAGGUGGCGGAGCUGCUGAAGAAAUUCUACAAGGACAAGGAGAAAGCAUCAAAGGUGGUUGUGACUAUUCUGGGAAACAUUCCACGAAUGGAUCUGGUGGACAAGCUGAUAGGGGGAGAGGGCCUUGAUGAACUUGAUGGAUACAGGAAACAAUCAGUGCUCUGCUUGAGUCAUCAAGAUCAACUAUCGUUCGAAGAUGUCCAAGAUUCAGAGUUAAAGCAGCCAAUCAAUAAGAGAAAAAUAAAAGCAAACAUCUGGACCUCAAUUAAAGGGGAAGCCAAAGACUAUGGUCGUGAUGGAAAGCUACGAUACCCUUCUUUGAGCCAAAUCUCUUUGGGCUUCACAAUCAGUGUUUUGGCAACUGCUUCGGCGAUUUUAACACCGCACAGCCCAUUUGCACAAGUCCGCAUUCCAUGGUGGUCUGGUGUUCUGUUUUGUGUUAUAGGAAUGAUUCCUUUGUUACCCCUCAGGACAAGCGAAAAGUUUAAGUUACGUACUGUACUUGGCAUGAACAUCAUAGGUUUGCUGACUGCGAUAACGUCAAUGGGAUUAUCAGUCUGGAAUGGAACUAAACAGGAUGAAAGCAAUGCGACUUGCAUGUCCAGUUAUCAUUGGAUAAUAACUUUCUUUGAUGUCUUGCAACUGGUCCUCUCUGGCUGGAUCAUCAGUCUCACCAGCUUCUGGUUAGAUAAGGAAUUCAAUAAUUGAAGGGUUCCUUAUCCCUGACCAGAACUGAUUCGGUUAAUAUAUGUUUGCGAUGAACAUGCUCCAGACUUUACAUUGCUCUGCUGAGAGGUCAUCGACAUGAAUCGUUAUCAAUGAUUCCAUCUUCGCAAAUGGUGCCUAUUGAAUAUUUUCCAAUUGUUGACAUUUUCCUUUCUGAUUUCCAAGGUGGGGGAAUAUCGGUUUGAUAUGUUGCACUAUAUUAGCCACUGGUGCAUAACUUCCCUGAAACUUAACGUUUCUUGUUCAGUACAUAUCUUAUCCGAUGUGAAAAACAAUGGACUUUUUAAAAAAAAAGUUUACAGUAGACAGAGGAACCUCAAUUAUCCGAAUGAGAUGGGCGGGCACUACUUCAUUCGGAUAACUGAUUAUUCGGUUAAUUGAUUCAAUGUCUCUCCGCUGGGGCUCAGGGUGUUAUGUUAAGUCUGCGCCCCAUCCAGGAGAUGAGGCAGCAGCCCCCACCUUUCCCUGGUCUACCCCAACCCCGUGUACCGACAUUG